AUGCCAACAGUACCAUACCACACAUACCCACACGCCACAUGCCCAUUGAAGGAUUUCAGUAGCGCUGAGUGCUCAAAAUUCACAAAAAGGGUGGGGCCGAACGCGUCUCAACCAUUGGCAAAGAUGCCUAUUGCCCGCCGGCAGCUCGCUCCCUGCUAUCUGGGGCCGCCCAAGGACACGGAGGUGGAAGGGCCUCCCGAGGGAUAUGCUCGCAUCUAUCACAACAGGAGGCGCACCGCAUGGACAGAUUACAAAUUGGGCUCCAAGGAGGCAGAGGAACAGUCGCUGUCAAGGCAGUCGACGGCGGAUACAGAUUUUGGUGCUUUGGCUUCACCGAAGAGACACCAGAUCAAGAUGAGCCCAUCCACGCGGACUUUGCUGGUGAACUUGGAGGCACAGAAAUGCAUUGGCUGCUGCAUGCAACGGAGCAAGGUUCUGGAGAAUGCCCUCACGUACUGCAGGAUCCCAGGCUAUUGUGAGAACUGUCCCUGCACCGAUGAUGGCUGGACUCCUUUGCUCAUCGCCACUCAGCGCAGAGACGCAGAGUCCGUGGAGACCUUGCUUUCGAAUGGUGCAGAAGUCGACUGCAAAGAGCCUCAAAGCGGAUGGACGCCACUCAUGUUCGCGGCAUCCUUGGGAGACGUUCCGAUCGUGAAGCUGCUACUGAAGUACAAGGCUUCUGUGAACACCUUCGCCUGUCCCCAUGACUGGAAUCCUCUUUGCGCGGCAAUACAGGCAAACAACAAGGAUGUGGUGCGUUUGUUGUUGGAUGCUGGGGCAGACAUUUCCCUCAUCAAGAAGAGGCACCCGGCUCUGGCUGAAGUGUAUGAGCACGUCGAAGCUGCACUGCGUAUUGUCGUUGCUGGUGUGACACCUGAGCCACAGGGAUCUUCAGCGGCCGAGCCUUGGGAAGAGUAA